CGCGGACGAAUUUAGAAAAUCUUUGCACAGAAAUAGACGAUUGCAGUCGAAAUGAAACCUUCGGCAUUUAUCAAGAAGAAGAAUGGUGUUGAAACCCCCAAAACAUGCCGAUGGUGCUUGGCGGCGUGUGACGAUUUAGAGCCCCUACCGAACGACGAAACCGGACAAUAUAAGCUUCAGAAACUCUUCGAUUGUACCGGUUUUCAGGCCGAUAUAUUACCUGGAGUUCCGACGUUUUUGUGCACGAAGUGCGAAUCGCGCUUGGAUAAGAUGUAUACGUUUCACUGGCGAUGCAACGAAAACAUUGCACUGGUCAAUGGAUUUACCGAAAAGCAAACCACAGUGAAGAACGAGGCAGACAUCAGUAAUAAUAAAAGCAUGAAAUCGAUAUAA